AUGCAGUUCGCUUCGGCUCUCCUUUUGGCCGCUGCCGCCAUCGGCAGCGUCGCCGCCCACCCUUCGCCCGCGGCCCACCGCCACGCCCGCUUCCACGAGAAGAGCAUCGAGGCCCGCGGUAACAAGUUUGUCAUCAACGUCAAGCCUGUCUCCAGCGCUGCCGAGCCCACCCCCGAGCCCAGCACCGCCCCUGCUGCCGCCUCUACCCCCGCCGCUCCCGCUCCCGCUGCCCCCAGCGCCAGCUCCGGCUCCAGCUCCGGCUCGGUCGGCAAGAAGGCCUUCUGCUCCGGAAGCGCCAGCUCCAAGCGCGCCACCGCUUACGAUAUCGCCUAUGCCGGAAACACUGGCACCGCCGACAACUGGGGCUGCAACAUCAUGCAGGUUGACUGCGGUACUAUCGACCUCUACGACUACACCGCCAAGUUCACCGGUCUCGGGCGUGAAACCAACUACGCCUGCUCCGCCUUCAACAAGAUCGGCCCCAAGGGUGAUAUCGACGGCUUCUGGUUCUCCGCCCUCGACUUCAACGUCGCCUCUGGCCAGUCCCUCUGCCUCGCCUUCGACACCAACUCCCAGGGCGGCGUUGCCUGUGGUGUCAACUCCGUCCCCAGGACCUCCAUCGGCCAGCUCGCUGGCACCUGGCUCGAGUUCGACGCGGGUAGCGCCAAGAACGACAACCAGAGCGGUUCCGACCAUGAAGAUCGACGCCCCGGCAAGGGCACUUGCUCCAACCUCAUCAAGUCCAACCUCGCCAGCAGCGUCGAAGUCUACAGGGCCGGUAUGGAGGACCUCGAUGGUGUUGGUUGCACUGGUUACUCCAAGGGUACCAUUUAUGUCACCCUUGGCGAGUAA